UAUUGUGAAGGAGUCGGCGCGGAAGUGUUAUUGUUGUUGGCGGAACGGGCUAACAGGAGCUAACUGGAGCUAAUUGGAGCUAACAGAGCUAACAUGACGGAAUAAGUGAUGGCUGCGGACAUCAGUCCAGCAUGGACAAACAGGCGGCGUCCAGCAGGAGAGGAUGUCUGUCCCACGCAGUCUAAAUCUCUGAGGAUGGAUGGACAGAUGAGCGUCUUCAGACGGGACAGGAAGUCACACACAGUGUCCACACAGAGCUCCUCUGAGGAUAGAACACCUGGUUCAGGUAGCGGGAUAAUGGGGGAGGAGGCGGUCGCCAUGGAGACCAGCGAGUCCAGUGAGGAUGAACUGGGACGACUGGACAUCGAUCUGGACAGGAAGUCCAAACAGCACAACCUGACGACCAGCAACGUGCGCACCAUCCUGCACGAGGUGAUUACCCAUGAGCGUGUGGUGGCCAUGAUGAAAGCUGCCAUCAGAGACACUCAGGACCUUCCCAUGUUUGAGCCUAAGAUGACUCGGUCCAGACUGAAACAGGCGGUCCAGCAGGGACAGCCACUGAACUGGAGUCUGUCAGCAGUGAACACAGUCAAGCCUCCUCAGUUUGUGGACAUUGAUCUCGAGGAUGAUGAGGACUCAUCAGAUGAAGAGUAUUGUCCUGAUGAUGAAGAGGAGGAGGAGGAAGACACAGCUGAAGAGACCUUCCUCAGUGAUGCAGACAGCUUGGCUUCACCUCUGAGGACACAUCACGGCUCUCAGCCCAGACUACCAGCAGACCAGAGGACUGAAGGACCCACACAGAGACCUCAGGUGAUGACCUCCACCUGUGCUCCUCAGCACUUCCUCGCUGCUCCUGCUGAGUCAUCCUUUCUGGAGAGACUGAACGCUGUGGAGGAGGAGCUGGACUGUAGCCCCGCCUACACCUUUGACCAGUCUCUGGACAGGAAAGCUGCUGAUGAUGAUGAUGGUGAUGACGAAGGAUGUUUGGCGUUCCGCACACGCUCCAAACUUCGUCUGGUUAACGUUCCACUGGGGCAGCUGGAGGCGGAGCUUCUGGCCCCUGACAUCACCGCUGACAUGUACGACCUGAUCGCCACCCAGCGUGAGGAGGACCGUCAUUGGACGAAGUGGCUGCAGGGUCUCAUGGCCCCCGACAACGAAGAGGAAGCCGAUGACGAUGAUGACCCUGAAUACAACUUCCUGGACGACAUGGAUGAACCUGACCUAGAGGACUACAGGACGGACCGGGCGGUCCAGAUCACCAAGAGGGAAGUGAACGAGCUGCUGGAGGAGCUCUUUGAUACGCUCCUGGAGGAGGAGGUGGCAGCUGAGGAGCAGGAGCGGGGGGAGGAACGGGAGGAAGAGGAGGAGCAGGAGGAAGAUGAGGCCCCAUCACAGACUGGACCUAAAUUCAAUGUCCCCCAGGCUUUACGUUUUGAGGCUCCGUUAGCCAGCAUGCUAACGGAGCGACGGCGGACAGUCAGAAAACAGUACGAGGCUCUGCAGCAGAGGAGGGCCCUGCAGGACGCAACCAAUCAUCACCGUGACUACAUCAACCUGAAAGACACACCCGGCCCCCAACCCAACACCGCCACACCUGUGUUAGUGCUGCCGAGCCGGGUGUGCUCCACCCUUCACCUGGACUUCACCCAGAAACUGCAGCUGCAGCAGCAGAUACAGCAGCAUGUGCAGCUGCUGACUCAGGUUCAUCUGCUGAGUCGCCGCGUCGACGCCCUGAACCACGAAGCCUGCAUCACUAAACAUUACCUGGAGGAGUUGCACCAGUUUGCCAGCCGUCAGGAGGAGAUGUUUCUCCCCAGCAGUUUCAGUGUGUGUAACCUCCAGGGGGCCCUGGAUCUCCUGCAGGAGGUGGAGCAGAGAGAGGAGCCUCCUCCUGCUCCUGCUGCUCCUGCUGUCUCCAGACGCUGGCUCCCAAGGAUGACUCCCGCCACCAACAGCCACGCCUUCCCUCUGCUGUCCGCCAACACCGCCUGGCUCUUCGCCACCCGGCCCGUCUUCCUCUACCCAGAACUACUUCCUGUCUGCAGCCUGGACCCCGCCCUCCACAGCCAGAACCACAGGAGUGUUUACACCGCAGGAGAAGAUGGGCUGAUCGUUCUGGGUCUGAAGCACUUUGAGGGGGCGGUCCAGUCGGAUCAGCUGAUCAGCUCCUACCUGCUGUGCAAGAAUCGAUGGAACUUCAGGAAACAUGUCAGAGAGAUGAGCAGCCCGAGAGCGCUACCAAACAACAUCAUCAAGAUGUUCCUGACGGAGCAAGUCGUCCCCCCCCUGCCACUCGCCUGCAGCAGAGUUCAGCCAGGAGACCAGCGCCCCCCAGUGGACAGGAACGUCUCCAAUAUGCCAAACUGGCUUAAGAACAGUCAACAGAUCAUCCACAGGACCCGACUGGACUCCACCUGUUACCCCCCCUCCCUUCCCCCAGGCUGCACCCUCAGGCUCCACCCCUAUUGGCUCAAGAAGACAGCCUGCCCACCUCCCCCUCGCCACAGACGCCUCUUCACCCUGGCCCACAAUGCAUCUCUGCUGCCCCUCGCCAAAGCCCCAGCAUACAGACAGGUGGACAGACCAGCAGAUCGACAGGCAGACAGACAGGUAGACGUGCAGCCAAUCAGCUACCUGUCUCUGUCCCCUCCCAGUGUCACCUUACUCUCUGACUGCCCCACCGCUUCAGGAGCCCAUCCAUUGACUCCGCCUCCCGUCUGUGGAGCUGUCCCAUUGGCUGCGGUUCACCCAGUCCCUUCCCAGUCUGUAUGUACUGACAUCAUCCAGUCCUGCCUUCCUAUUGGCCAGAGCACACAGCAGAGUGUUUCUAGGCAACAAAACACCACCAACCCCGAUAUUACAAAACCCAUCAUGCCUUGUUCAGCUGCCGCCAUGAAGCCGAGCUGCUUCCUCCUCCAGAUAAUGUUGACGCCUCCCACUCUGCCCGCUGCCACCUCCCAGCAUGCUCUGAGGCAGCAGCUCUGUGCUCCAAUCAGAGAGGUAAAAGAGGAGGCGGAGCAGACCCCCAUAAUGCCCCGCCCUUUGGUGGAGGAGGAAAGUUCAGCUUCAACAUCAACACUGAGCCCACUGUCUGAGGAGGAGGAGAGGAGCAGUGUAGGGACUGAGGGUGAGGAGGAGGCGGAGCAGGAGGAGGUGGAGCGGGAGGACUGGACUAUUGUGGGUGUGGUCAGUUUGAAUGGAGGAGGUAACACUGGUGGUGAGGAGGAAGAGGGGAGAGAGGGAGGAGGUGCAGGAGGUGGUGGUGGGGAGAGAGAGGACGGGGGAGGAGAGAGGGAGGAGGAUGGAGAGAAGGAUAAGGAUGAAGAUCAGGACCGACAGGGCGAGGAGGAGGAGGAGGAGGAUUUCGAUGACCUCACACAGGAUGAAGACGAGGAGGAAGUGAUGUCAUCAGCGUCGGAGGAGUCGGUGCUGUCUGUUCCAGAGUUACAGGAGACCAUGAAGCAGCUGACCUGGCUGGCCGCCGAGAGGCGUCUCUGUGCAGAUGGAGACUCAGAGGAGGAUCACUCCCCAACCUCCCCAGGCUCUCAGGAGGAGGAGGAGGAGGAGGAAGAGGAGGGGCCUAAAGGGGAGGAGUCAGGAGAGGGGAGGAACAGUAAGGCGGGAGGAGACGAGGAGACGCCGUCAGGAGAGGGGACGCCCAGAGGAGGAGGAGGGAGGUGUCCUGGACGAGGACGAGGUCGAAGCCGACCUCUUCGCGGCCUCAGGAGGAGUCGUCAGGAGCGUCGCAGCAAAGACGCCACGAAACUGCUGCUGCUGUUCGACGAAAACAUCCUGGACAACGACCCGCACCGAGAGAGCAAGGACGUGGCGUUCGCUCAGAGCUACCUGAGCCGGGUGCGUGAGGCGCUGCAGGACGUACCUGGGCAGGUGGAGGAGUUUGUGUCUUUGCUGAAUGAGUUCGAGCAGGUGGGAGAAGGGCGGGAAGUGGUGUUGCUCUUCAGAAAGCUGCGAUGCAUCCUGGGAGAUCGGACAGACCUCCUCCGAGACUUUGCCGCAUUCCUGCAUCCUGAACAGGCGCUGCAGUGUGGACUGUUGGAGGAGCAGCAGGCGUUUGAACGCAGCCGCCGUUUCCUGCGACAGUUGGAGAUCAGUUUUGGAGAUAAUCCGUCACAUUAUCAGAAGAUCAUCAAAGCUCUUCAGACUGGUCCGGACCUGAGUCCAACCAGCAUCCAUGAGCUGAAAGCUCAGAUGGCCACGCUGCUAAAAGGCCACACCCAUCUACAAACUGAAUUCUGGGUAUUUUUUGAUGAGCUCCGCCCCCCUCCGGCCCGUCCGAGACAGUUUGAAGAAGCUCAUUGGCCAGAGGAGGGAGGGGGCGGGUCAGAUUGUGGAGAUGGUGUCGGCCAGGUGUCAGGAGGCGGAGUCACCGGUGGCUUUGAGGAAGUGACGCUCCCAGAGCUCGAAGAGGAAGAGGAGGGUCAUAAAAUCCAACCAAUGACAAGCCGGCGCCAGAGGAGGAAGAUGAACGCCCACAGAAACUACAAGGACUGUGAUUGGUCGGACAAAGAGUGGCCCUGUCCGUGUCGUGAUGCAAAGAUCAGCAGACACAGGAGGAAAGGAUGCUCUCGCUGCCACGGCAACAAGACAUCAGGGGGCGUGUCCAGAGCAAUGAAGAGCCUGGACCCUCUGUACUCUCAGAUUAGCUCCGCCCCCGGAGAAGCAGGUGACCUGGACCUGAAGGGGGACGAUGACAGUCCACAGCCAGAUCGAAGCGGCGCAUCAUGGGAAGGCUCGUUCCCUCUGACUGAUGAGAAGGAGGAGGAGGAGGAGCUGGACGAUGAGGAGGACGAAGAAGAUGAGGAGGAGAGGAGGAACAUUGACAAGGAGCACAGCCCAGCAGUGAAGAGGAGCAGGAGGGAGGAGGCUCCACAACCCCCGUCUUUCAUCCCCACCUCCUCCACUGUCUCUACCACCUCCACCUCCACCUCCUCCUCUGUCACUUCCUCCUCCACCUCCACCUCCUCCUCUGUCACUUCCUCCUCCACCUCCACCUCCUCCUCUGUCACUUCCUCCUCCACCUCCACCUCCUCUGUCACUUCCUCCUCCACCUCCACCUCCUCUGUUACCCCCUCCACCUCCACCUCUGUUACUUCCUCCUCUUCCAUCUCCUCUCUUCCCUCCUCCACCUCCACCUCCUCCUCUUUUACCCCGUCCUCUUCUGUCUCUUCCUCCACCUCCACCUCCUCCUCUGUUACCUCCUCCACUUCUUCUGUCACCUCCUCUCUCUCCUUUCCCUCUGUGGGCACCUCCUCUUCCUCCCUGUCUGCCUGCACCUCCUCCAUCACCUCCCCCUGCACCUCUUCCAUCUCUCCCUCUGCCUCCUCCACCUCCUCCUCCUCUGCUCCUCCUCGGCCCAGUCCUCCUCCCGACCCCCCUGUUUGUGCCAAGAACAUUUCUCUGACAGCGAGUGGAGAGAAGGUCAUCCUGUGGACCAGAGAAGCGGAUCGAGUCAUCCUGACAACGUGUCAGCAGGAGGGAGCCAAUCAGAACACGUUCCAGUCCAUCUCUACUCUGCUCGGCAACAAGACCUCCAGUGAGGUGUCUCGGAGGUUUCGGGAUUUGAUGCGUUUGUUUCGGACGGCGGCUCGUCAAACCAGCUCUGAGGACGAAGCUCCACCCACUGAGCCAGCAGCAGCCGAUGAGGAAGAAGACUGACUGACACUGACCAAUCAGAAGAGCUGAAAAAAUUAAGUUUGUAUUUUGAGGACUUUUAUUGUGAAAGGAAUGUACAUGAGAUGAAAAAUGUAAAUAUUUUCAGAUUAUUUAAUGUUUUUGUAAAAAGUUUUUUUUUUUUUUUUUAAAUAAAACAUUUUUUCAUGACA